AUGUCAAUGUCCGCAGCUGUUGAUGCAGGUGGUGGUGCUCCCAGCAGUGAUGCCGAAGGCGAGUCCAAGACCAAAAUGACGCCGGAGCUCGAAGCAAGCUUCGCCGAGUGCCCCUUCCCCUUCAAGGAGAAGGCGGAAGCAGCGCUGAAGGAGGGUGGUGAGGUCACGGUGAAGCGAGGGACGAUAGGUCCUUUCAAAAAGACCAUCGAGGUGAUCAUCAAGCAGGGACCCUGCACCUCCCGCAUGAGGGGGGCUUGGGGCGGAGGCUGA